AUGCUCCUGUACCGAGGGGCCCCCGCGGGCCCUGGCGCGCCAGUCGGCGGGCUGGCCCGGCAGGGCAGUGGCCCACAGGCCUUCGGGAUCCGCCUGAGCACGAUGAGCCCCCGCUACCUACAGAGCAACUCCAGCAGCCACACGCGACCCUUCAGUGCCAUCGCGGAGCUGCUAGAUAAUGCUGUAGAUCCAGAUGUAUCCGCCAGGACGGUCUUUAUAGAUGUUGAGGAGGUCAAGAAUAAAUCUUGUUUGACCUUUACUGAUGAUGGAUGUGGAAUGACACCUCACAAACUCCACCGAAUGCUCAGCUUUGGCUUUACAGAUAAAGUAAUAAAGAAGAGCCAGUGUCCCAUCGGGGUCUUUGGUAAUGGUUUCAAGUCAGGCUCCAUGCGGCUAGGAAAGGACGCUCUUGUCUUCACCAAGAAUGGGGGUACUCUUACUGUUGGACUCCUAUCACAGACCUAUCUGGAAUGUGUCCAGGCCCAGGCAGUUAUUGUACCAAUUGUUCCAUUCAGCCAGCAAAACAAAAAAAUGAUUAUUACUGAGGAUUCCUUGCCCAGCCUGGAAGCCAUCUUGAACUAUUCAAUUUUCAACAGUGAAAAUGACCUGCUGUCCCAGUUUGAUGCCAUCCCAGGCAAAAAAGGCACUCGUGUUCUCAUUUGGAACAUCCGCAGAAACAAAGAUGGGAAGUCUGAGUUGGACUUUGAUACAGAUCAAUAUGAUAUCCUGGUGUCAGAUUUUGAUGCAGAAGAAAAAGAGAUUAGUGGUUCUGAGCUGCCAGAAACAGAGUAUUCUUUACGGGCAUAUUGUAGUAUUCUAUAUAUGAAGCCACGGAUGAAAAUUUUUCUGCGUCAAAAGAAGGUGACCACCCAGAUGAUUGCCAAAAGUCUGGCCAAUGUAGGAUAUGAUAUAUAUAAACCUACCUUUACAAAUAAGCAGGUGAGAAUCACUUUUGGAUUCUCCUGCAAGAAAACUAACCAGUUUGGAGUAAUGAUGUAUCAUAACAACCGGCUCAUAAAGUUCUUUGAGAAGGUGGGAUGCCAGGUAAAACCAACUCAUGGAGAAGGUGUGGGAGUAAUUGGAGUCAUUGAGUGCAAUUUCCUAAAACCUGCCUAUAACAAACAAGACUUUGAGUACACUAAGGAAUACCGGUUGACAAUAAAUGCCCUUGCCCAGAAGCUUAAUGCUUAUUGGAAGGAAAAGAUAUCUCAAGAGAAUUUUGAGAUCUCCACUACAGCCAGGCCAAUUCCUGACCAGACAUGGGUACAAUGUGAUGAAUGUCUUAAAUGGAGGAAACUUCCUGGCAAGGUGGAUCCAUCUACAUUACCUGCAAGAUGGUUUUGUUACUAUAAUUCCCAUCCAAAAUACAGGAGAUGCUCUGUUCCAGAGGAACAAGAACUCAUUGAUGAAGACUUAUAUUUGAGCAAAACUAAGAAACAAGAUCAAUCUGUUGAGAAGAAGAAGAUAUCUAUGGAAAAUGAGAACCUCCAGGCAUUCAGUAAUCCACCAAAGAUUCCUUCUGUUCAAGAUAUGGCUGGACUGAAAGACAAGACAAUCGGAUAUGAGAGAAUUGAUAGUCCUACCCUGUUUCCGUCUGUUGGAGAAGAAAGCAGAUCACCUUCUCUUCAACUUAAACCUCUGGAUUCCAGUGUUUUUCAGUUUUCCAGUAAGUACAAAUGGAUUCUAGGUGAGGAACCUGUGGAAAAACGAAGAAGGCUCCAGAAUGAGAUGCCAACAUCUCCCCUGGAUUAUUCCAUGCCUGGAUCUUAUAGGAGGGUAGAGGCAGCUGUUGCCUAUGCAGAAGGGGAGAACAGCCACGAUAAAUCAAGUUCUGAGAGAAGUACACCACCGUGCCUUUUCCCAGAAUACCCAGAAGCAAACAAGAAUACAGGACAGAAUAGGGAAGCAUCAGUUCUAUAUCCAGGGGCCCAAGACCAACGCCAAGGGUCCCUGCUUCCUGAAGAAUUAGAAGAUCAGAUGCCAAGAUUGGUAGCAGAAGAAUCCAAUAGAGGAGAAUCCAAUAGAGGUAGCACAAACAUAAACAAAGAAGAAGUGAACAAGGGACCUUUUGUAGCUGUUGUUGGUGUUGCAAAAGGUGUUAGAGAUUCAGGGGCCCCCAUUCAGCUAAUCCCUUUUAACAGAGAGGAGCUUGCUGAGAGAAGAAAAACUGUUGAAUCCUGGAACCCAGUGCCUUAUUCUUCUGUGACCUCUGCUACAGCCAUUGGGGAGAAAGGAAGAGGCUAUGAGGAGAGUGGAGGUCGUAAUACACCAAAGAUGAAGAACCAGAGAGAACUGGAAGAACUGAAAAGAACCACAGAAAAAUUGGAACGUGUUUUGGCUGAAAGAAAUUUGUUCCAGCAAAAGGUAGAGGAGCUGGAACAGGAGAGGAAUCACUGGCAUUCUGAAUUCAAGAAAGUUCAACAUGAAUUGGUGACCUAUAGUACCCAGGAGACAGAAGGGUUAUACUGGAGCAAGAAACACAUGGGUUAUCGCCAAGCUGAAUUCCAGAUUCUGAAAGCUGAACUAGAAAGAACCAAAGAGGAAAAGCAAGAAUUACAAGAGAAAUUGAAGGAGACAGAGACACACCUGGAAGUGCUACGGAAGGCUCAGGUCUCCUACCGGACCCCAGAGGGAGAUGACCUAGAAAGGGCUUUGGCAAAGCUUACGCGACUGCGUAUCCACGUCAGCUAUCUUCUUACUUCUGUCCUCCCUCACUUGGAGCUUCGUGAGAUCGGGUAUGACUCAGAACAAGUGGAUGGGAUCCUGUACACAGUGCUGGAGGCAAAUCACAUACUGGAUUGA